UGGCUUUUUAAGGGUCUUGGCCUAUCUGGAGCGGAAGGUGCUCGUGAUAAUGCUCUUUUUAUUGAUUACCUCAAAGUUCAUCAUGGCGAUGUAGCAGACCAUUUAUAUCUUGCGUCAGAUGCAGUGGCUACCGUUGCAGCAGCUUUCGAGCAAGGUGGUGUUAUUCUCAUAGCUGGAACAGGGUCGUCGUGUCGUGUACUUUUGAAUAAUGGUCGUGUCUUUGGAGUGGGAGGAUGGGGCCACCAAAUAGGAGACGGGGGCAGCGGAUUCUGGAUUGCCAUUAGAGCAAUAAAAAUGAUUUUUGAUGAAGAUGAUGGCAUGGAGAUUCCACACGAAUCCACUAGGCUGAUUCGUGAACUACUACUCAAGCAUUUCAAAAUUGAGGACAAAGUUGACAUUUUGGAGUAUCUGUACAAUAAAUUCCAAAAGUCACACAUUGCUUCGUUCACUGGCGAACUGGCCAAACACUUGGAUGACCCUGCCAUAAACAAGCUGUUUUUUGACGCUGGUGAAUUGCUUGGAAAACAAUUUGUAGUUGCUGCAGGUCAUCUACCUAGUGAAUGCAGGGCUGAGGUGAACCUCGUUCUUGUAGGAUCGGUGUUCCUGUCGUGGGAUGUUGUCAAGAAAGGUUUCGUACAUGCUGUAACAGGAUCCUGGAUACCGAAGGUGAACAUCUACAGACCGUCGACAUCUAGCGCUGUAGGUGCUGCAUACCUUGCGGCACGAGAAGCUGGUCUCACUAUUCCC